AUGUCAGUGCCCCUCCUGCUCCUGCUCCUGCUCCUGCUCCUGCUCCUGCUCCUGCUCCUGCUCCUGCUCCUGCUCCUGCUCCUGCUCCUGCUCCUGCUCCUGCUCCUGCUCCUGCUCCUGCUCCUGCUCCUGCUCCUGCUCCUGCUCCUGCUCCUGCUCCUGCUCCUGCUCCUGCUCCUGCUCCUGCUCCUGCUCCUGCUCCUGCUCCUGCUCCUGCUCAUCAUCCUCACUUUGCCUGCAGGUGGUGCCGAUGGGGAGGGCGGUGGUCGCGGUGCCUCCCGCGGCGGACCCGCGGGUCACCGGCAGUUCGAGCGUCUCCGCAGUCACGUGUCCUCCCUCGGCCGGGAGGUGUCCGCCCUGACCCGGGAGAGGGACACACUGCUGGGCAUGGUGCUCAGGAUGCAGGCUCCUCAGCCCAACGGCCGACCCAUGGGUCCCAACGGCAGCAGUCUCAUGUUCGGCGGCAUUGGCAGCACCGCCGCCAGCUACCCUCCCUUCGGCAGUAACAACGUGUUCUCAUCCGUGCCGCUGCCACCGGGCCCUAUGGGCUCCGGAAUGGGAUCCGAUCCUGCUAUGGCCUUGGCUGACGGCGGCGCUCGCGGCCCCGGCGGCGGCGGCGGCGGCGGCAUGCGUGGUGGUGAUGGUGGUGGCGGUAUGGAGAAUGGUGGGAUGUGGGAGAUGGAUCCGGCGAUGGCGGCUGCGCUGAUGGGAGGAGGUAGCAGUCCAGAUGGUGAUGGGUACGGUAUCAACGGUAAUAAUGGUGACGGCAACGGCAACAACAACGGUAAGAACGACAUUGCCAACCGACCUGAUUUCAACACCCGCGAUGUUCCGUUGGAAGCCAAGCACCGAGUGAACCGCCUCCGAGACCGCGCAAUUCGGUUGGCAGCACCCGUAACGGCUACACCUCCGGGGCUAUUGGAAGCAAUGGCCGCCGCGAAGGGCCCGGGGCCUAUGUCGGAGCAGGAUCCCGUACUGUACGGUCACCGAGAUGCCGAGCUGUACGCGCUGAAGCGCAAAUUGGUGUUGGCGGAGAAGGCGCGGAGUGAGGCGGUGGCCCGGUCCCAGGCGGAUAUGAGGGCCAUGCAGAUGGCUUUGGUAGCGGCGAACCGCGAUUUGAAGGACCAGGCUAGACUGCAUGUGGCAGAGAUGCGGCAACUGGAGGUGGUUCACCAGGAGGACCUGGCGGCCUCGCGCGCUGAGGCGACGGCGGCGUUACGACAGUUAGUUGAGGAGAACAACCGACUCAAGAUGGUGCUUGCGGCAGGAGCCGCCAACCACUCCGGAGCCGCCGCCGCCGCGAACGGCAGUGCUGCCGCCGCUGACUUUGCGUUGCGGUCCCUUGGCGGGUUUGGCGGCGGUGGCGGAGGCGGGGGAAGCAGCGGCAUGGGGAUGCCGUACUCGGAGUCGCCGCCGCGUCGUCUGGGCCCGUCGCAUCUAUCGCCUUUCCGCGGGGGAUCCAAAAACGUAUCACCGUUGCGAGGCCCCUCUCUGCCGCCACCCAGCCGGUACCCUCACGGGCAGAAGCAGUAA